CGUCUUUCGGCUUAUUUAAGAGCAAACCGCCGUAUAAAACAGACGCAGUGGAUAAUUCUCACUAAUUUCGUAAAAUGAAACAUUCUGUCGGAGUUUGGUUAAUUUGCAUCUUUAGAUUCUCCAGCGAGGCUUGUUACCUGGUUUGAGAAAAAGAGGACGGAAGAAAGACACGUGCGUGUAGGGGCCUUUGGUGAUGCCGGAUGAUGGCCCUGCACGUGCACUCGGGGUUUAUUCUUGUCGCCGUUAUUAUCAGUCUCUCCGUCCAGUCGGGAGCGUGCCUUAGCUGUGUUCGGUGUUUCUCGUACCACGAGCCUCGAUGCUACAAGGGUGACCUUGCCCCCAAACCCUGCUCAACAAACCAAACCCACUGCGUCAAGUACGAGGCAAAACACAAGGACAUGCCGUCAGACUUUGUGAACCGUGACUGUUACCGUGGCGACGAUGUGAAACCUCACUGUACAGUACAAAAGCAUGAUGGGAAGAAUAUACAAGUCUGCUCGGACUUUUGUGACUAUGACGGAUGUAACUCCGCCCCAACAACACAUUGCUCAGGCGCCUUUAUCGCUCUCUUGGCCUCUUUAAUAACUUCAUCACCGUAUUUGUUCAAUUAUGUGCACCGAUAGCCUUAUUUGAUAAAACAUUGUGUAAAACAUGAGUAUGGCUAAUUGUGUGUACGGCCUUUACGAAACUGACAUUUGAACUAUAUUUGUUUUGAACUUGUCAUAAAUACUGCACCGACAAUCCGAGUUAUUGAAAUAAUACACCAAAGCCUCAGGGCGACUGAAUAAUUUCAAUCACAAGAAUAGUGGGUGGUGUUUUUUACUAUGUUGUCAAUGACAACGAUCAACUAGCGUUCAGUAUAAGUGAAUAUCCUUGUAAUGUGUUCGCAUGUAAGUUACUGAACAGCUCAGCUCCGCCUACUUGCCAUUGAAUCGAUAUGGGGGUUAUGUCAAGUACAGAAAAAAACAAACAAAGAAUUCAUUCCCAAACAUGUUACAAAUAAAGUAUAUAGUGUUUAUAUGUAUAAAGAUUAUGUGUUUUACAUGUAUGUUAAAUGGUAAUUUUAGUGUUUUAUGUACAAUAUAUGCGGUAUCAUGUAUAAUAUUUACACGUAUGUAUAAUAGUCAAGUGGACAAGCAUUAAAUCGAAAAAGUUAUUAUUAAAAUUAUGAAGUUAAACAUUGUAGACAUUUAUGCAUUUGAUAGCACAUACACAUAACCUGUUUUAUAUAGGCUGUUCUAAGAACAACUUUAACUGAAAUAUUGUUUGUUUCAUGAGUUAAAAUGUCUUAUUUGAUAAACGUGUAACGUAUAGGGCAACACAAACACAUAUUUAGGUUGGAUUAUUAAAAGAACAAAGCUCAUCCACUCCUUGUUCGCAUUACUUUGUAUAUUGAUGUUGUAUUUGAUUGUGACUGUUGGUUAUGUUAACAUGUUUUAUAUUGAAAAUUCAAUUUCACUAUUCACUAUUUCACUAUUACGUUAAUCUUUUUUUUAAUCAAUAUUUCAUACAACAGUAAGAAAUAGCGAUAUUUUUUCUGUAGCGGUAAAACAUUUAGGUUUCGAUUAGACCAUAUAUUUUCAAGUAAUAUUUCAUGUAAUUAAUGUCUAAAAUUUAUUAUAUAAUAAAGAUUCAAUUCAGCGUCAGGAUUCGAAAUCGACAGCUCUGAAAUGCUUAACCAGACUGCUAAAGAUUUUACCACAGUAGAAGCUACACAUGUAUAUGUAACACAUGUUCUUAUGAAUACAAAUCAUUCCUGUAUCGGAAUAGUUAAGGUUGCGGCAAAUGCUGUAGCAUUUAAAUUUGUUUGCUUAAUGCUGCAGAUAAAUUGAACAUUCUACAUGAUGAAUAUCCUGUAUGAAUACAUUACUUUUUGGUAA